AUGCCUUUAGACAUAAAAGCUGAGAUGGAGAGAAAAUUCUUUAGACUAAUUCAUUAUAAGGAAAACUUGGAAAUAAGCAAUCUUGUUAUAUGGUACAAUACCUUAGAAGAAAGAGUCCCGCACUUCCACACGCACCCUGCUCAUCAAGACAUACUUCCCUGGUAUAAAAAUACUCCAACACAGAAAAAUAUCGAAAUCUUUACAGAUGGAUCUAAGAUUGGUAAACAUGUAGGUGCGGCUUUCGUUAUGUACAACAAUGGGCACGAAGUUCAUUCAGAAAUUUAUAGAUUAAAUGAUACGGCUUCCGUGUUCCAAGCAGAGGUUCUUGCUUUAAAAAAGGCACUCAUCUGGAUAGGUUCCACAAUAACUGACAACAUUCCUAUUCGUAUUUUUACAGAUAGUCGUAGUUCCCUUCAAAGUUUAAAUAGUGAUAAAAUUACGAAAAGAAGCAUUCUUAGCUUAAAGGAAAUCAUAAAAACUCUUUUAGAUUCCCAUUCUCUAGAGCUUAAUUGGAUUAAAGCUCACAUUGGAAUCGCAGGGAACGAAAGAGCAGAUUCCAAAGCAAAAAGAGCAACACAACAAGAUCAGAUAGAUGUUGAAGUGCCACUUUCAGAGAUUUCGGCGAAACAUCAAAUCCUGCAAGAAUCGCUUAAAACAUGGCAGCAAAGAUGGGAUGAGGACUCUACAGGACGUUCGACUUAUGCCUUUUUUCCACAAAUUUCUCUCUCUCGUAUACAUUCAGAUCACAUUUUAAAUCAAGUCUUGACAAAUCAUGGUAAAUUUCCGCAAUAUAUGCAAAGAUUUCAUAAAAAGAACACAAGAUGUGGCUGCGGGACAAGUGGAGAGCUUGCAGGAGCUCUCCAUUACAUCACGUCUUGUCCAAUAACAGCAAAAGAAAGAACAACUCUUUUUCCAUCGCCAUUGCCUUCACUGGAAAUUUUGGCAAAAUGCAAUUCUACUCUUAAUGCCAUGAAGUCAAUUAUGCAACUUAUACAUGCAAAUGACUCAGACUUUAUUGUUUAUCGUUAA